AUGCCUCGAAAACCAAAAGUUGCGCCUCCGCCUGCACCGGCACCUACACCUUCAGUGUAUUCACGACGGACAGAUCCACCACGCCCGUUCUACGUAGUCUGCCGUGCAUGUAGGGAUGAAAUGGGAAUCGCAAUAUUCGGACACUCCUCCAAGUAUCAAGGCACCUUUAUAGUCAAGGAUAGGGAAGUAGUGGUUUUGGAAUAUAGUCCUGAAAACCGCAACAUCAAUUGUCAUUGGGAAACAAAGACGAGAACCAAGUUAACGAAAGCGGAUGGGAAAUAUUGUCCAGUCAGCUGUGCUAAGUGCGGAGCAGAUGUUGGACGGAUAUACAGUUAUCUUCCUUUUUACCCUGAUAUUGAGGGCGUAGGGAAAGUUGCUCUGUUCAAAGACCGUAUCCAUUUUGACUAUGACAUCGUGUCAUCCGGCACUCAAACACCGACCUCGCCCAAUACAGAGGAUCUAUCUGAGGUCUCACAAUCUCAAGAAGAGUCAGUCCAAGACUCGCAAUACCAGGGCUCAGAGAACCAUGUUGAAACUCACCCUGAAGAGCAAUCCGUUUCCGAGGAAAUAGCAGACGACAUUCUCGCAUUAAAACGUUUCUGCUUAACUCUCGACGAACACCAAGAGACCCUGUCAAAAAAUUUCCAUAGUUCCCAAAACUCAAACCGAAAACUACAAAGGGAACUAGAAGACUUAAAGGGUUCCUUCAAAAAAUUCGAAACCCGCUUGUCAGUCGUUGAAUCAUCUGUUCAAAACCGACUUACAGCUCUGGAAUCGGCUCUACAAAUAAUACUUGAGAACCAAACCCAAAGCAAUGCGCCAGUGGCAGAUGUCCAAGACGGAAACGUGGAUAUCACAUCCCGAAGGAGUAACGUCGUCGUUGAAAUACCUGUAAAACGGAGACAUCGGUCCCCAUCACCCAGGCCUGCUGCCGAUCAACAGUCACAGAAUAUAUCACCUCCCUUAUCCGAAGAACCAAGUGACGAAUCCAACAAGGACACAACAUCAAAGAGUAAGCGCGCUGAAACUCGAACCACACGACGUGCGAAAUCUCAACCUCGCCAGGCAGAAUCUACGAAUCCACUAAAUGCACAAGAAGCGGGAGAAGGAGGAGUAGAUGAGGAAAAAUCUAGGCAGGCAAGAGAUGAGGAAGGAACCAGAGCUGAAACCAGCAUCGUUAUAAGCGACGAUGAGAGUGAUGACGACGAUGGUGCGGAGUCUGCUGCAGAACAUGCAUCGAAACGAGCGAAGUUGAACAGUAAGAGCAAGAAGGAGAAGAAGCAACAGCGGCAGAGUAGUAUACCGGCCAAGAAGAAGAGGGGAAGACCAACGAUUGGAUCAUCCACAAAACAAGAGCUGAGAACCGAGAAACCAGAUGAGAACGAAGAUUAUGAUGACCGGGGUACGACAGGAAGAACUACAAGGUCUAAGAGAUCUUCGUAA